UUGUUUUGCAUGAGUAAGGAAGGAAAUAAAUUUCAUGCAAUUUGCUCACGCAAACACACACACACCCCGCCUCACCCGCUAUAUAUACCCCACCCCACUUUCCAUAUUCUUCCCAAUUCGAUCGCUUCUACUUUGUUUACAAGCCUUCUUCUCUUUCAGUGUUGCAUUAUAACUUGUGCGUUGGGUUUUGGUUAUAAGUAUUCGACAAAGCAAAGUACAUGGUUGAUACGCAUGUUCAGAUUCCCAGCACUUUCGACCCAUUUGCUGAGGCUAAAGAAUCAGAUGCUCCUGGGGCCAAAGAGUAUGUGCAUGUUCGCAUACAACAGAGGAAUGGGAAGAAGAGUCUUACCACAGUGCAAGGGCUGAAGAAAGAGUUCAGCUACGAGAAGAUCCUCAAGGACCUUAAGAAAGUGUUCUGCUGCAACGGCAAUGUUGUGCAUGACAAGGAACUUGGCAAGAUUAUCCAACUCCAAGGUGAUCAGCGCAAGAACGUUUCUCAGUUCCUCGUUCAAGCUGGCCUUGUCAGAAAGGACCAGGUCAAGAUUCAUGGUUUCUGACCAACUCUGAUGUUCUUUAUAUGCUUGUGUUAAUUAAAGUUUGAUGACAGUGUUUAUGAAAUAAGUAAGAGUUUGGAAUAUUUAGUGAUUUUCGUUUUAUAUGAUUGAAAUACAAUGGAUGUUAUGGUUGAAUGGAUGCAAGACACCAUAUAUAUAGUUUUUUAUGUUAUAAGUUUCUUGUUGUCAUGUUGUGUGUAUUAUUUUGUUACUAUCA